AUAAGAUUAAACAAAAGGACGUUUCAUCUCAAUUUAUUAGAUAAAACUGACAUCAACGAACGAGAGCUGAUGAGAAACGCAGCAGCGGAGGAGUUGAUUAAAGUUGCUAGUGAUGACAGUCUCGCUGAUGCAAAAACUGGAGCAAAGAAGCAAGUGUUAUCCGCUGCAGAAAAUUAUGCUGACUUUGAUUUAAAACAAAGACACUUACCGCUUAUUUAAAAUGGAUGUGAUGGAAUGAAUGCUAAUGUAAUAAAGCGGUUUAACGGUUUAACAUAAAAUUGCCGUAGGAUAUUUAUAGGAGGAUUUUGUGAAAUCUGCUCGUUUUCUCUGUCAUAUACACAGGGAGAGUGUCAGAUAGUGUAUUAUUCAUAUAUUUAAUAUAUGUUUUAUUUUUCAAAUGUGCAUUAUGCUAAUUAAACAAAAGUGUUUCUACAUGUCAUAUGGACUAGAAUAUAUUACAAUUUAUGAACGAAAUUAUAGGGCAGAAUCUGCGAAUAGAGAAAACACGUAAAAUAUAUAUUGAAAAAGAAACAGUGACUCCGGGAAAUAAAUAAAAAGAGAUUACAAACACAUGGAUUCGACAAAUACAAUGACCUUUGUGGAUUUUGAAGUAGAGUCAGUUAUGCAAGCUCCAAAGUUACUAAAGUCGCAGUCGCCAAGCAUGUGCGAUGGAAUGGACCUAGAGGAAUUCUUCACUAUAGAUUCCAGUGACGAUGAAGAUGACUGGCAUAGUUCUGCUCCUGUAAAAUAUUUCGAACAUGACACAAUUAGAGGGAAAUUACGGAGGGUGUUGAUACGGAACUCAACAGCAAGAUUGACGUUCACAGUGUUUGACUUGGUGGCGAAGAGUUUGGUAUGUUUGUUGUACAUGGUCAGGAUUGUGCUAGACGAUGUAUCACAGUAUGAAUGCCAGGGAAGUCCGUGUCCUCCGAGGCCUGAAAAUGCAACAGAUAGUGAUGUUAACUGGCAUGUUAUAUUAUGGGUGCAUAGACCUCUUCCCCUCUGGAUAGCGCAAGUCACGCUAGCUGUUAUCACAUUUGUGAAAACUUUACUCAAAGUUUAUGUUGCCAAGGGCAAUCGGUGGGAACAUUUUCUACAAGGACAUUUCAUUCUGGAAGUAUUCAGCUCUUUGCCUUUCAUUGUAACUCUUGCAUACCCUCCAUUACUCAGAAACCUGUUUGUACCGUCCUUUCUCAGCUGUUGGUUGGCGAAGAAAGCUCUUGAUAGAUUACUGAAUGACUUACAUAGAACAAGACAGCGGUUCCAGACAAUAUCUGUCACCUUGGGUCAGCAGAGUCUGGUCCUUAUUGCCACAAUGCUUUGCCUUAUUUUUACCACCAUAUGUGGUGUUCAGCAUAUACAGCGAGCCAGUCCUGAUUUAAAGCUGAAUCUGUUUGAUGCCAUCUACUUCGUUAUUGUUACAUUCUCCACCGUCGGUUACGGGGAUAUUUCUCCGGAUAUAUGGCCGAGCCAAGUGUUCAUGAUACUCAUGAUCUGCAUUGCUUUUGCUUUUAUUCCAAUGCAGAUACAAACUAUAGCAUCAACGAUGGCUGAACGAACAAAGUUUGGAAGUGAAUAUUCAGAGAGGCGAGCGAGGGGUAACAAACAUGUAGUCGUGUUAUCUCGGACAUUACAGACAGAUACUGUGAUGGAUUUCCUAUUGGAGUUCUAUGCUCAUCCAAAAUUAGAGGAACAUAUUGUUGUGCUGAUGGCAGCAGAUGCCAUGGAUGUAAAUAUGCAGAUCAUUUUGAAAGAUCCGAAGUGGUCACAGCGUGUUGUGUACAUGAGAGGCUCAGCACAGAAGGACACGGACCUUAAACGAUGCCGUAUAGCAGAGGCAGAGGCUUGCUUCAUCUUGGCGCCUAGAUAUAUACAGGACAGAACUAAAGCUGACCAACAUACUAUUUUACGAUCAUGGGCAGUGAAAGACUUUGCUCCUAAAUGUAAACAAUACAUCCAACUGUUCAAACCAGAGAAUAAAAUACAUGUUAAGUUUGCUGAGCAUGUGGUAUGUGAGGAUGAGUUUAAGUAUGCUCUGCUAGCCAACAACUGCUUGUAUCCUGGAUUGUCAACUUUAGUCUCCCUGCUCGUUCAUACUUCAGGAGGAUUAUAUGGAAAAGGUUCAAUAGAGGGAACAGUUCGCAGUGAUAUAAUUAGGAAGUUGAGAAAAAGUGAAGGAGAACUUGCAACAGACCAGUGGCAGCAGACGUACGGUCGACAUUCAGGGAAUGAGAUUUACCAUAUUCAGCUGGGACGUAGUGCUUUCUUCAGUAGUUACGAGGGGAAGAAAUUCACAGAAGCUUCAGCUGAUGCCCAUCAAAGGUUCGGUAUAUCCCUAGUUGCUGUACUUGACACUACAGUAGAGGAGCCACAUUUACAGCUAAACCCUGGACCUAGCUACAUCCUCAAGGCUACAGACUUCUGUUUCUAUAUGAGUGUUACAAAGGAAGAGUAUGCCAAAAUACAACCUGAUGCUCUCAGGCAGGAUGAUACUAAAUCUAGUAGAGCCAAAAAUAUGGAGCGUAUGGCAGCAGAGUUACAGCGAAUGUUGGAGUCCGAUGAUGAGGAGGAAGAUUACGGAGAAGAGGAAAGCGUAUUUAACACAAUAACAAUACAACAAGGUUAUGAGUUGGCAAGUCGUGUAAGAAGAGCCACUUACCAUGCUGGUGAGAGUGGAUCUUUAGAGAACCCUCAACACAACCAUUCUCCAUCAUUGGACAUGCAUCACAGAGCUGUGUUCAACAGAAUGAGCAGUCAGCAGCAAUCAAAUCCUACAAAGAGCAGCGGGGAAUCUGCAGCUGAACCACUGAAGAAGUUGUUUGUAGUAGGUCAUGUAGCAGACGACAAUCCGAGGGAACAGCAAGACCAGUUUGACCACAUUGACGGUACAGACCAGGGUCAGAUCCUGGGCAAAUACAUGGAUAUGGACCAAGAUGAUUUUGCAGCUUCUCAAAGUUUCGUCCAUGAAACUGAAGAUCCAUUUAAGCGGGAGCGUGUUGGGAACAGUGUUUUAUUAAACAACCACUGUUCACCUGAUGAAUUUAUAACUGGACCUCCUCCAGUGACAUUAUAUGUGGGAUCAAAGCGAGCUAUCUGUCACUUAAUGAAGGAACGGCGACCAAUCUGCUGUCUAGAAUGGGGAACAGACUGUAGCCAUUGUAAAUACAAGAAUACGAACGACGAGAGAUGGACACAUCAGUUGAUUAUUUUGGCUGCGGAGCAUGCAUGUAAUGGCAUCUAUAACUUUAUAGUGCCUCUGAGGUCACAGUUCAUUGGAAUGAAAUCCCUCUGUCCUAUCAUUCUACUGCUGGAAGAACAACCGAGUGCCAUGUUCCUGGAGACCAUGUCAUUCUUUCCAUUGGUUUACUGGAUGAAAGGAAACAUAAAAAGUGUGGAUGAUCUACUGAAGGCAGGUAUCAACAAGGCAUCACAUCUUGUUGUUGUGAACAAGGAGGAAGGGGAUGUAGAAUGUGAGGAUACUCUAGCUGAUGCAGAAACUAUUGUAGCUGUGCAAACAAUAUUCAAGUUAUUCCCAAAUGCAAACAUCAUAACAGAAUUAAACCAGGCAUCUAAUAUGAGGUUCAUGCACUUCCGAGCCCAUGAUGAAUACUCACAGAAAAUAUCAGGACUGGAACGGAAACUCAAGUCAAGUAUGACAUCAAACUUGAGUCAUAUAUUUCGUCUACCAUUUGCUGCAGGACAGGUUUUUAGUGCCAGUAUGUUGGAUACAUUGCUGUACCAGACGUUUGUGAAGGGUUAUCUCAUCACAUUUGUCAGGCUGCUGUUGGGUAUUGAUGCUGAGGAAAAUUCUGGACAUCUUUCUAGUAUACGUAUGAAGAGGACAACCCUUGCCAGAUAUAGAACAUACGGGGAACUGUACCAUGCUCUGUGUUCAACGACUGGGGAAAUUCCCAUAGCUUUAUACAGAACAGAUAACCAGUCAAAUACAAAACCAGUGGGCCAGUCUUCACCAGAUACAACUGCACAACAAAAUAACAACAAAAUUGACAGAAGUGCUCCUUCCCCGAAGAAGCUGAGGGUGCAGGAUCCACACAAGGUCUCGAGUCAGAUCAACAUACAGAAGAACUGGAAUAACCAGAACCCAGAGAGGGAGGAUAUCUCCGACCUCAUCAAAAACCGCAUGAAAAGUCUGGAUCUCUCCGUCAACGACUACUGUGAUAUGGAGUAUAAAAAGAAUGACAUUUCCUAUGUAAUACUCAACCCCUCACCAAAACGAAAACUGAGAACUGGGGACCUUGUGUAUGUGAUACAACCUAGCUCCAUGUUUGCCAUUCCCACCCGACUGAACCGCUGGAAACAGAGACCGCGGGCAUGGACACCACCACUGGAGAGGUCAGGGACACGCUUCGGCUCGGACACUGACAUUCGGGUAGCUGGUAAUGGAGAUGUGGCAAGGGACAGAACUCAUUCUUUAACUGGUGGAGACAAAACAGGCAGAUUCCAAGUUGGCAAUGCCCAAUUGAAGUGAUCAUUGUUAGAAUAAAGUACAAUCAGACCUGAGUACAAAGACUACACUUAAAAGAGCCAAGAAAAGGUUUUUUAAUUAGCAGGUGGUCCUUAUCUACAAGUUGAAAAAACUGUUAAUGUUUGAAUAGAGUUAAAACAAGUUGAAAUACAUUUUGAAUAUUUAGAUAGGGAAAAUUAAGUUGAAAUAAUGGAAAAUGUUUAAGAAGGGAAAAAAACAAGUUGAUAUAACAAAAUUGAAAUUACUGUAAAUGUUUAAAUAGGAAAAAAACAAAUUUGAAAUAUACUGUAAAUGUUUUAAUUGGUUGCUUCUUAAGCCACUCCUGGUUUUAAGCACAGGUUUCCCUUUACAUGUACUUCCAUAGACACUGAUAAGUGCAGUAGAACUAUAGAUGGAUAAACGGUAUUUUGUGCAUUUUAUCAAUCAAAUACUUGUCUGGGGCAUUUACUUCACAUUCCAGUUUGUUUUGUGCUUCUAUUUUUGUAAAGUUCAUGAUGAUACAUGUAUCUUGAAUGCUAGAUUUAAUUUUACUAUUGUAACUAUAAUAUUAUGUCUAUAAUUGUAUAUACAGUUACAAAUAAUGGUGUUGGCAUAAACUUUCUUGCUUUGGCAAAAAUAGAUUCUUUAUUGAGAGGUUAAUUCAUGGAUUUCAGAGCUCAAAAGAAACAAUGAGAUUUUGUUGUUGGGAUUCAAUUUUGUAAAUUGUUUUGACAUCACUAUGAAUACACACAAAUUAGUCCUCCAUGAGUACAAGAUACUUCAGAUAAUAUAGUUUAGUAUAUUAAACUGUUAGAAAUUCUUUAAACAUAAAAUUGCCAACAUAUAGUUAGAUAAAUUAAAAGUUUAAACAAAAACUAAAGUAUUUAAUGGAAUGGUAAGCACUGACUGACUUCAAGACUUAACUAGGAAAUCUAACAGUUUAAAAACCAUGGCAGAGGAAUUUCAGUAAAAGUUUAUGCUGAACCUGAGAUACAAGAAUUAGAUCCAUGAAACAUCAGUUUCAGAAAAUAUUUAUUGUGCUUGUUUUAGUGCCUUAAAGGGGCUCUCCUCCAAAAUUUGUGAAAUAUUUUGAAAAUUUAGAAACUGCUUUUAAUUGUAAUUUUAAAGUAUAAAUUAAUUGGUUCAAUAAGUUUGUGCAGGAUCUAUUUAUAAUAUAUAUGUUGACCAUACGAUAUAUAGAAAAGCUCUCAAAAGCAGUAAAACGUGAAAUACGUAGACAGGUGAGGUAUUGUGAUCGCUCACCGUCCGGCGUCCAUCUGUCCGUCCGUCGUCCGUCCGUCCACACUUUCCUUUAAACAACAUCUCCUCCUAAACCAACAGGCCAAUUUUGAUGAAACUUCACAGGGAUGUUCCUUGGAUGGUCUUCUUUAAAAAUUGUUCAAAGAAUUGAAUUCUAUGCAGAACUCUGGUUGCCAUGGCAACCGAAAGGAAAAACUUAAAAAAUCUUCUUCUCAAAAACCAGGAGCCCCAGAACUCUGGUUGCCAUGGCAACCCAAAGGAAAAACUUUAAAAAUCUUCUUCUCAAAAACCAGGAGCCCCAGAGCUUAGAUAUUUGGUGUGAAGCAUUGCCUAGUAGACCUCUACCAAUUUUGUUCAAAUCAUGACCCCGGGGUCAAAAUUGACCCCGCCCCAGGGGUCACUUGAUUUUACAUAAAAAAAUCUUAAAAAAUCUUCUUCUCGAAAACCAGAAGCUUAGACCUUAGAUAUUUGACAUGUAGCAUUGCCUAGCAGACCUCUACUAAAGUUGUUCAAAUCAUGACCAUGGGGUCAAAAUUGACCCCGCCCCAGGGGUCACUUGAUUUUACAGAGGAAAAUCUUAAAAAAUCUUCUUCUCAAAAAGCAGAAGCCCUAGAGCUUAGAUAUUUGAAAUGUAGCAUUGCCUAGUGGAUUUCUACUAAAAUUGUUCAAAUCAUGACCCCGGGGUCAAAAUUGACCCCGCCCUGGGGGUCACUUGAUUUUACAUAUGAAAAUCUUCAAAAAUUUUCUUAAAAUAAACCAGAAGGCCUAGAGCUUAGAUAUUUCACUUGUAGCAUUGCCUAGUGGACCUCUACAUCAUUUUUUCAAAUUGUGACCCCCAGGGUCAAAAUUGACCCCCCCCCCCCCAGGGGUUACUUGAUUUUACAUCGGAAAAUUUUCCAAAAAAUUUCUAAAAAUCAUCAGUUUGACAUUUGAAACAUGUAGCUCAUAUUACUCUGGUGAGCGAUCCAGGGUCAUCAUGACCCUCGUGUUUGCUAGUUGUUCUUUUUUUUGGGGGGUGGGGGGGGGGGGUGGGGGGUGAAUUUUAAUGUGAAGGCAUGUCCCUUUAGUUUCCAAGUUAUCAGGGCUUAAGCAUACUUUCAGUAUGUGUUUUAUUGUAUGAGUUUAGUGUUCUCUCAUGUUGAAAUGAAUUUUCUCAGAUUGGUGUAUUUAUACAAAUAGUUCCUAACUCUCGGGACCAAACUUUUUGUGUUCAAUGUUAAUUCUGAUACAAAAUGAUGAAUAGUGUAUUGAUUUUUAUUUGUAAAUACAGUUCAGCAAGCUUCUUGCCUCCAUAUAGCCAAUACCACCUCUGAAAGACUCUAGUGUUCUUGCUUUUUAUUCUAUGCCUACUUUUGAUGUAGCAGCAUAUUUUGUAUAAGUGGUUUCUGUUUGAAGUUCUUUAAACUUUGACUUGAGUUGACUUUAAUCUGUAUGGCCCAGUCUUGUUAAGACAAGGAUGUAGCAAGACAGCCAAACAUUACUGAGGGUAAACCCUUUGGAAAACCCAGUGGUGUCCCAUGGAAAAUUUUGUUUUGUUUUUUCCAUUGGUUUUCAAUAUUUCCUAUGUCUGAAACACCCAAGACCACAGAUAGCUUGAGAACAUUGUUCAGCAUCACGUGACUGUAAUUGAUUGGUGUUUUGCUGUAUUGAAUGUUUUACAAUACACAGGUCUAUUGAUGUAGAUUAACAUUACUGUUUUUAUGUAUAAUAUUUAUAUAAUGUUGAACUCAUCCUAGAAUCUCAUUAACAUUCUGGUAGUUAACACUUACAAAAAUGUUUAAAUCUGUAAACCCACCUAACACAUCCAUAGUCGCAAAAUAGCAACAUGUCUGCAUUGUUAAGAAUUUGUACUAUAAUAGCUGGUUAAACAUUUUGAGAUAAUGCUUCUUUAAUUCACAUAUAUGAGCCGUGCCAUGAGAAAACCAACAUAGUGGGUAUGCGACAAGCAUGGAUCCAGACCAGCCUGCGCAUCCGCGCAGUCUGGUCAGGCUCCAUGCUGUUCGCUUUUAAAGCCUAUUGGAAUUGGAGAAACUAUUAGCGAACAGCAUGGAUCCUGACCAGACUGGGCGGAUGCGCAGGCUGGUCUGGAUCCAUGCUGGUCGCAUACCCACUAUGUUGGUUUUCCCAUGGCACGGCUCAAUUAUUUUGAGUUUGUGGGUUGUUACCUCUCAUGAACAGACUCUAUUAAACUGAGCCUGCUACUACUAUUGCUUGGUUACAUUCUGUGCUUCCAGAGCAUCUUCUAACAGAUUUAAUUGGAUUUUUUUUUUCAAAUAUUAGAAAUCAAUAUAUUGCAUACCGUAUAGCGGGUUAUUUCUGCGGUCAAAUAAUUCUGCGUUUUGGCCCAAAAAUUGUUAUAUAAAUUUUUGCUUGUUUUAUUUCUGUGUUUUCACAUAAAAGGAAGAGAAAAUUCUGCGUUUCCGAUGCUAAGAAGGAGGUCAUUCCAGGCAUAAUGCGUUGUCGUGAGAAUUACUAGCGCGUGAAAAAAACAAAAAAAAAAAUAAAUUGGUUCAGCAGUGUAUAUUCCCAUGCUAGCGCUGUCAGAUGGUGAGUAUGAUGCAUAUUUGUCCCUAGAUUUAAGGGUUGUUACAGUUACAGAAGGGAGCCUCCGUGGCCGAGUGGUUAGAGUCGUUGACUUCAAACCAUUUGCCCCUCAUCGAUGUGGGUUCGAAACCUCAUUUGAGGCGUAGAAUUCUUCACGUGAGGAAGCCAUCCAGCUGGCUUACGGAAGGUCGGUGGUUCUACCCAGGUGCCCGCUCGUGAUGAAAUUAUGUACGGAGGGGCACCUGGGGUCUUCCUCCACCAUUAAAGCUGGAAAGUCGCCAUAUGACCUAAAAAUUGUGUCGGUGCGACGUUAAACCCAACAAACAAACAAACAGUUACAGAAGCUCCCGGGUUGGACAGGGAAGUAAUUACAUUCUUGUAAUUUAUCAUUUACUUCCUAAAGCACACUGUCGCCAGUCAAAUCCUUUACCCGACUAUCAUUUUCAGUAUUCAUCGUAAAAUACUCAUUCUACCGUUUUUAAGGCCAAGAAAACUUGUACAAAAUACAACUGCAAACUGUGGUAUAUCCGGUAUAAAGAUUAUAUAAAGGUUACUAAAGUAUAGGAAGUAAUAUAUUAACAAGGCACUAUUAAGAACAAUCUAUGUGAAAAUUCACCCAGUUUAUUUUAUUUACGUUUUCUACUGGAUUAACAGUGAGCUCUUUGAUUGACCAUCACAUUCAAUUAUAUCAUUAUCGAUAAUUGAUAGAUAGCGAUGGUAAUUUUCAAUAAUUAGAUAUUGUGAACUUCGGAUUAUAUCUGGUAACAAAGCAUGAACAAAUUAAUGGUGAGAAAAAUACAGAUUGUUUUGCGGUUUAAAUUUUUGCUUGGUAAAUAUUCUGCUGGAAAUAUUUUUGCGAUUAUACCGAGAGACCGCAGAAACGCAGAAAUAUUCCACCCGUAGAAAUAACCCGCUAUACGGUAAUUAUAUUAUAACCCUUUAAUUAUAUCUUAAAAUCUGUUUUUAAUCUUUUGUUUACAACAAUAUUUGUAUGAAAUAGUGGUGAAAAUAUACAUAUAAUAAGUGUACCAUAGCUGUGAUAAAGACAUUGUCUAUGUUAUUUAAUUGCAAUAGAAUGUACCACCUAAGUUGUUGCCAGUUUAAUGUUACAUGUACCUGUAUUGAACAAACUGCAUACCUCAAGUUAUUUCAAGUGUUCUGAAGUUUUAUCUUAUAAUUUACUAUGUUGUUGACAAAUGAUUUGAUAUAUUUUGAAGUUAGAACCAUUGCCCACCUUUUGAGAAAUUGUCUAGACUUUUUUCCAUCCUUUUUUCCCUGAUUUGUGUAAGUUACUGAUUAAAGCUCAUGGCCCUUAUUCAUCAAACACUCUAACAUGGCUCGAUUUUGUUUGCGAGUUAAACAAAGAAGGAAGUCAAGCUCUGUAUAUUCUGCAAUAAACAACAGUUGAUGCACUGACCGGUAAGAGAGCAUUAUGAUGUCAAUUAUGAUGUCAAAUUGCCGCAUGGUGUCUUGUUACUUACUACUCUAUUAAAUGAAUCCCAGCAUAAUGUUUACCAAAAUAUUUCAGUGACCAUAUAAGAAUGAAAACAAGGAAUUCUUGUGGUUAUUCUUCUAAUUUACCAUGGUUCAGCGUUCAGAUGCUUAGAUAUUAACCACUCUGCCCUUGAGGUUCAAUUCCUAUGCAUCUGAACUCUGACCUGUGAUAAAUUAGAUGACAAACCACUCGAAGGCCUUGAAUAUUUGUUAAUUUUAAACACUUGGACAUAAGUACUCCAAAAUAUAUUCAUUUUGCAGUGUUUGUAAAAAGUACUAGUAAAUUUUUAUCAUUGAAAUUUUGUUUUAAUAUAUAUUAUUGAAAGGAAUAUGUUGUCAAUUUAUCUUUUUGGACAUUUGGUUGAAGGUACUUACUAAUAUAAGUCUUGUUUAUUCAGUGUAUUUAGAAUGUUGAAUCUCAUACAAAUGUCUUGCCAAAAUACUGAAGCUAUUUAGCAUUGUCUAACGAUUUUAAGUGCACUUUGUUUUUUAUUCUUAUUUUUGUCAUUAUUUUUUAUCUGUAUGUAGUUAGAGAUAUUAUUGUAACAAUCUUACUUUGUAGCAUAUUUUGUUGGAUUUUUUCAUAAUGUGUUAUACCCGUUGUUCAGUGUUUGCCAUGUGAUCCACUGAAUCCCUUUUUCAUGUGGUAUUUGUUAAUAAUUAGGGAAAUCUGGCAUCAUUUGCAGGAUUAUUUUCUCCCUUAAAUAAUACUUAGAAACCAGUCUCAAGAUCACAGCAUCUGAUUGGCUCUUUUUUGAGCAUAGUUUUCAGAUUGACCGAUGGCAUGGUUCCUUUCUUAAACUGGUUUGAAACAAGAACAUUAUAUGAAAAAAUUGUAAACCUGUUCAUGAGCAUCAAAUGUCAAGGUGUAGGGAAAAAUAUGAAAAUGUUAAACGGCUUUGUUAAAGAAAAUGAUACCUAGGUUUAGCACUUCAUUUAGGUAUAUUAGUGUACAGCUUAAUGAGGCGAGGUCUACUCGUACUAUAAUGUUUUAUCUUGUGUUUGCUCUAUGUUUGCUUUGUGUUGUUUUUUCUGCUGUGUUUUUAGGCUCAAAUAUGCAAUAUAUAAGGUAAGGACAACUUAUCUACGCACCCGCUACACCUGCAGCAAGUGUUUUUUAGCUCACCUGUCACAAAGUGACAAGGUGAGCUUUUGUGAUCGUGCGGUGUCCGUCGUCCGUCGUCCGUCCGUCCGUCCGUGCGUCCGUCCGUCCGUAAACUUUUGCUUGUGACCACUCUAGAGGUCACAUUUUUCAUGGGAUCUUUAUGAAAGUUGGUCAGAAUGUUCAUCUUGAUGAUAUCUAGGUCAAGUUCGAAACUGGGUCAUGUGCCAUCAAAAACUAGGUCAGUAGGUCUAAAAAUAGAAAAACCUUGUGACCUCUCUAGAGGCCAUAUAUUUCACAAGAUCUUCAUGAAAAUUGGUCAGAAUGUUCACCUUGAUGAUAUCUAGGUCAAGUUUGAAAUGGGUCACGUGCGGUCAAAAACUAGGUCAGUAGGUCUAAAAAUAGAAAAUCUUGUGACCUCUCUAGAGGCCAUAUAUUUCACAAGAUCUUCAUGAAAAUUGGUCAGAACGUUCACCUUGAUGAUAUCUAGGUCAAGUUCGAAACUGGGUCAUGUGCCUUCAAAAACUAGGUCAGUAGGUCAAAUAAUAGAAAAACCUUGUGACCUCUCUAAAGGCCGUAUUUUUCAUGGGAUCUGUAUGAAAGUUGGUCUGAAUGUUCAUCUUGAUGAUAUCUAGUUCAGAUUCGAAACUGGGUCACGUGCGAUCAAAAACUAGGUCAGUAGGUCUAAAAAUAGAAAAACCUUGUGACCUCUCUAGAGCCAUAUAUUUCAUGAGACCUUCAUGAAAAUUGGUCAGAAUGUUCAUCUUGAUGAUAUCUAGGUCAAGUUUGAAAGUGGGUCACGUGCCAUCAAAAACUAGGUCAGUAGGUCAAAUAAUAGAAAAACCUUGUGACCUCUCUAGAGGCCAUAUUUUUCAUGGGAACUGUAUGAAAAUUGGUCUGAAUGUUAAUCUUGAUGAUAUCUAGGUCAAGUUCGAAAGUGGGUCACGUGCCAUCAAAAAGUAGGUCAGUAGGUCAAAUAAUGAAAAAAUGUUGUGACCUCUCUAGAGGCCAUAUUUUUCAUGGGAUCUGUAUGAAAAUUGGUCUGAAUGUUUAUCUUGAUGAUAUCUAGGUCAAGUUUGAAACUGGGUCAACUGCGAUCAAAAACUAGGUCAGUAGGUCUUGAAAUAGAAAAACCUUGUGACCUCUCUAGAGGCCAUACCCUUGAAUGGAUCUGCAUGAAAAUUGGUCAGAAUGUUAACCUUGAUGAUAUCUAGGUCAGGUUUGAAACUGGGUCACGAGCCUUAAAAAACUAGGUCAAUAGGUCAAAUAAUAGAAAAACCUUGUGACCUCUCUAGAGACCAUAUUUUUCAAUGGAUCUUCAUGAAAAUUGGUCAGAAUUUUUAUCUUGAUAAUAUCUAGGUCAAGUUUAAAACUGGGUCACAUGAGCUCAAAAACUAGGUCACUAUGUCAAAUAAUAGAAAAAAGGGAGUCAUACUCAAAACUGGGUCAUGUGGGAAGAGGUGAGCGAUUCAGGACCAUCAUGGUCCUCUUGUUUGUUGGAAGUUAUUUGCUGUUUCAUUUUUUCACACAGGUGUUUCAAUUUACUUUGUUUGCAUCAACUUCAAAAAAUGUUUCCUCAUCAUCACCAAUGUCAAACAUGACAAGGUCCAUAACUCUGGCACCAUUGAUUUCUCACCAUUGCAUUUUUUAUUACUGAAAGUUUAUAACUAUUGAAACAUGUUUCUGGCUUAUAAAGCCCCAUGUGGUUCUGGGACGAUCUGUGUAUGAAAAGAAUUGGAACCACUGCCUUACCCUUGCAUGAUCAUAAGAGGCUACUAAUAGGGUCUUAACACUUGGUUUUGCUGUACCUCUGUGAUUCCAGCAGGUAUGCAAAUUUUGAUUCCAUACCUCAUGUUUUUAUUUUGAUGUAAAUGAGAUAUGAAACCAAAAUUUGUAGUCCUGUUUGGCACCAUAUAACCUAUACUGUGUUGGUGCACCGUAAAACCCAAAUAAAUAAAUUCUGGCUUAUAAAUAGAAUAUCCAUGCAGAAGGUUUUUUUUGUCAUAAUUCAUGCUGCCAGCAUUGGUUUGUAUUAAAUAUUUAAUAAAACCAAUAUGUUGAUUCCAAAGGUCACUCUCAGUGACUAGAAGGGGGUGAAAAAUUAAGUAAAGAGUGAGAAAGUAUUUGUACAAGUUUUGUAUAGAACUCCUUGCUUGGCAUUUUCAUGUCACAUUGUUUUAAACCUUUGCAUACAAAAUUCUGCAGACAUUCCUUGAAAAUCAUAAUAACUUCUAUCACAUUCAUUACUAACAAUCAUUGACCCACCAUACAUGUGUUGAAUUAUGUUAACAUACUUGAUUAAAGGGGCAUGCUACUAGAUUUAUGUCACUUUUUUUAUUUUCAUGUCCUGGUUUCUGUUUUUUAUUGAUUUUGAAAUUUUGAUAUUCAUCUGGAAGCAUGCUCCUUUUAAAAUAUGCAAGGCUUAUUUAGAAGCUGUUGUAAGAUUUAAGAGAAAAAUGGUAUAGAUUUAUUUUUGAAGAGGUCUACACAGUCUAUAUAAAUAUGUCAGUAUAAUGUUCAAAUUGCACAAUAUUUUUAUACCUAAACAGUGCUUACUGUAUGCUGUUAGAGAGUUCUUUGUUAUUCAGCGUUUGUAAGAUAAAACUUUAUAAAGUCAACAAAA